AUACACAAGUAUUUCUCACUGCAAUUUCUCAGCAUUUCAAAUAUUCCUCCUCUUUUACACUCUCUGCCUACUCAAUUAUACUCCUAACCAAACUUUAAUUCCCCAUCAAACAAACAAAAUGAAGCAAAAAGUUGUUAUCAGACUAACUUUGAAUGGAAACGAUCGGAAAUAUCGAACCAAGGCCUUCAAGAUAGCUGCUUCUCAAUCAGGUGUGGAAUCAGCAGCUAUAACAGGGGACGGAAAGAACCAACUAGAAGUUGUGGGAGAAGUAGACGCGGUGACUCUAACGAGCUUAUUGAGGAAGAAUUUGGGUCUGGCGGACUUGGUGAGCGUUGGCCCGGCUGGUGGUGGCCCCGCAGCUGCAGCUGCGAUGGUUCAGUCGCAACCUGGCUCGUACUACUAUGCCUAUCCGUCUUAUCAAUACCCAGUUUACCAAGUUACAGAUUCCUAUGGUGAAUCCAAUUGUUCCAUUAUGUGAAUGACAAUUUUCGAUUGCUUACUGAAAACAGAGUGUAUAGUAUUGGAACAGUGGGAUUUAAGGCAGUAAAUUGUAUUCACAGUCAAAUUUUUAUUGAUAUGUUAAUAAAUAUAUAGAGUUUCAGCGAAAGCUAUUUGAUUCACGUGAACUUGCAUAGUGUAUCACUCAAGUUUUUUAUCCCCGUCCAAUGGACUAUCUAGUAGAUGA